AUGAUCACCGACGACGACGCUCGAGAAAACAAAGCGACGACGUCGUGCUACCCGUCUCUCGCGACGGCAGGCCAGAAACCACCACCACCGUCCUCGGCGCGGAAGAACACCAUCGAGCUUGGAUUCAACUUUUUUAAUUCUAAGGAACAAAAGGGAAAUGACAUGUCGAAGAGCAGAUCAGCGCGACCGUUUAAUCGAGUAAACGACGAGGAAUGGCUCAACGAGAAGAACAAGAAAGGCGACAAUAAGUUCCGAAACGCGCACGGGGUUGGAAACUAUAGGAAGAAUCUCGGGUACAAAGCGGAGCAGAAGUUUGUUCAAAAGCAAGGGAAACAGUUCGCGCACGAAAAGAACAAGGAGAAGAAGAGGCGAGUCUAUCGAGGAGGGAAAAUCGAAACGAACGCGGUGAACUCGAGAGUUUUGUUCGACAGCAGCAGUGAUGAAGAUGAAGUGCUUUAG